UGUCUCUGCCGCCCACUGCUAGGGCGGAAGGGCCCACCUUUGGAGUAUCCACGAACGACUGAAGAUGCUCUCACUGUCGCUGCUCAAAGAUUGGGCCUCCAAGUAAAGAACACUCCACUUUUUUUUUCAUCUACCAUAUACUUUCUCUCCCAAUCAUUCCAAUAUCUUUUCCUUAAAAUUUCUUACUGGGGUAAACCCCCAAUCAGGUUCUGCUUUCCUUAUCUUAUUCAGAGAAUCUACUCUUCUGUGCAGUUUUAAUUUCAGUAGUAGACUUUUUGCUUCCGUAGGACUGGUUGAUGGUCGUCAUUAUUUGAUUUUCUGUUAGUUAUUAGUUUACCACCGGACUUUGCUGCUGGUUGUUCCGAUUACUUCUUUGUUAAAUUUUGAGAAUAUUUCAUAUUUGUGUGUCCAUACUAAUCAAGCUGCUUCUGGGAGUUGGGGCAUUUGGUAUGGAGUGUUUUUGGCUUCUCUUCUCUAGAAUAAUACUUACCUUCAGGGAUCAGUUAAGUUUCAAAAUGUUGCCGUGACCUUGAUAUUGGGAGGUGGUUUUUUGUUUUCCGGUUUGGAAAGAGUAAGGAAUCGGAUUCUGGGUCUGCUUCUGCUUACAUCCACAGCUUCCUUAUUUGUGAAUGUUUCAUACUUAAGCUUCUCUUGGUUCUGAGUCUUAUUGAAUCACCACGAGAUAAUAAAAUAACCAAGUCCUGUUUAAGACCUUCUCCCAGCCGGCGGCGGAAAUAAGGAAGAAACAUAUUUGAUUUUAGUUUUUUUCCAUAAACUAAACAUAGAUAGAAUUCCCUGUUUCUUAGGCAAGAAUCGUAAAUGAGUCACCUUUGGUUUCUUUCUUUGUUAUCUCUCUGUUGUGGUAUUUUUCCUCUUGGGUUUGGUAAGAACAUUUCGUCAAGACCAUCGGUUGUGAACAUUGGAGCUGUUUUAUCUUUUAAUUCUACUAUUGGAAAAGUUGCCAUGACUGCCAUUGAAGAAGCUGUGAAAGAUGUGAAUGCGGAUCCCAGCAUUCUUCCUGGAACCAACCUUUGGUUACAAACGCAAAAUUCCAACUGUAGUGGGUUUCUGGGCAUGGUCGAAGUUUUGCAACUUAUGGAGAAAGAAACUGUUGCCAUCAUAGGACCCCAAUCUUCUGUGGUUGCCCACAUUUCAUCCCAAGUUGCAACUGAGUUCCAAGUCCCUCUAGUCUCAUUUUCAGCUACUGAUCCUACUCUCUCUGCCCUUCAGUUUCCUUUUUUUGUGAGGGCUGCACAGAGUGAUUUGUUUCAAAUGACGGCGGUUGCUGAGAUUGUUGAAUACUAUAGUUGGAAAGAGGUCAUUGCUAUAUAUGUUGAUGAUGAUUAUGGGUGGAAUGGAAUUGCGACAUUGGGUGAUAAACUUGCUGAAAGGCGUUGUAAAAUCACAUAUAAGGUAGGUAUUAGUCUAGAUUCUGUGGAUAAUCGAGCCCGAGUUAUGGAUCAACUUGUUAAAGUUGCACUGAUGGAAUCAAGAGUUAUGGUUCUCCAUGUGAACCCCAAAUUAGGUUCCUUAGUCUUCUCAGUGGCUAAGUACCUUCAAAUGAUGGGCAAUGGAUAUGUAUGGAUAGCAACUGAUUGGCUUACAUCUCUAUUAGACAGUGUUGUUCCUCCCCCUCUUGAGAUCGUGGAGUCAAUGCAAGGAGUUCUUUCUCUACGGCAGCACACAGCAGAAUCAGAUAAAAAGAGAGCUUUUAUUUCCAGGUGGAAUAAGUUAACAGGUGGCUCUUUAGGUCUGAAUGCUUAUGGUCUGUAUGCUUAUGACUCUGUUUGGAUGGUUGCUCAUGCCAUCGACAAAUUUUUCAAUCAAGGUGGGAUCAUUGCACACUCUAAUGACUCCAAGCUGCAUUUCAGUGAAAGUGGUGAUCUUCAUCUUGAAGCUAUGACCAUCUUUGAUGGUGGAAACCGCCUGCUGAAUAACAUAUUGGAGAGUGAUUUUGUUGGUCUGACUGGUACCAUUAAGUUUGAUUCGGACAGAUCCCUUCUUCAUCCUGCAUAUGAUAUUAUUAAUGUUAUUGGGACUGGAUCAAGAAGAGUGGGUUACUGGUCCAACUAUUCUGGUUUAUCAAUUGAAGCUCCUGAGACACUCUAUUCCAAACCACCUAAUCGUUCACAUGCAAAUCAGAAGCUGUAUGAGGUGAUAUGGCCAGGAAAUACAAUAGAAAAGCCUCGAGGAUGGGUAUUCCCGAACAAUGGGAAGCUAUUAAAAAUUGGAGUGCCGCUUCGGGUCAGUUACAAGGAGUUCGUAUCAAAAAGCAAAGGGACAGAAAAUUUCCAGGGUUUCUGCAUUGACGUGUUUACGGCUGCUGUAAAUUUAUUGCCGUAUGCUGUACCACACCAAUUUAUAGCCUUUGGCGAUGGCCAUCACAAUCCAAAUUACACAGAUCUUGUGUAUGGGAUUACAACUGGCAAAUUUGAUGCUGUUGUUGGAGAUAUAGCCAUUGUCACAAGCCGUACAAGGCUUGUAGAUUUUACUCUGCCAUAUACUGCUUCUGGACUAGUUGUUGUGGCCCCAUCCAAAAAACUGAACACUGGAGCUUGGGCUUUCCUGCAUCCAUUUUCUCCAGCCAUGUGGAUGGUCACAGCUAGUUUCUUCCUUUUUAUCGGAAUAGUUGUCUGGAUUCUGGAGCAUAGGACGAAUGAUGAAUUCAGAGGCCCACCUAGAAGACAAUGUAUUACAAUUUUAUGGUUUAGCUUCUCAACUCUAUUUUUUGCCCAUAAGGAGAAUACAAUCAGCACUCUUGGCCGCCUAGUGUUGAUCAUAUGGCUCUUUGUGGUUUUGAUAGUAACUUCUAGCUACACAGCCAGUUUAACAUCCAUUCUCACAGUGCAGCAGCUAUAUUCUUCAGUCACAGGAAUCGAAACCUUGAGGGAAAGUGAUGAACCGAUAGGUUACCAAGUUGGAUCGUUUGCUGAACGGUAUCUGAGAGAGGAGCUGAACAUAUCUAAAUCUAGGCUUAUUUCUCUUGGAUCACCCGAAGAAUAUACCAAGGCACUUGAGCUUGGCCCUGACAAGGAGGGGGGUGUUGCUGCUAUAGUUGACGAACUUCUAUAUGUAGAAAGUUUCCUAUCGAGACAGUGUUCAUUCAGAGUUGUUGGUCAAGAGUUUACAAAAAGUGGCUGGGGUUUCGCAUUCCCACGAGAUUCUCCCUUGGCCAUAGACAUGUCAACGGCCAUUUUGCAGCUCUCGGAGAAUGGUGAUCUGCAACGGAUUCAUGACAAAUGGCUAGUGAAAAGUGACUGCACCAAUGACAAUACAGAGCUACAAUCAGACCGGCUUCACCUUAAGAGCUUCUGGGGUCUUUUUCUAAUCUGUGGCAUAGUUUGUUUCAUCGCCCUUGCCAUAUAUUGCUUUCAGAUUAUUCGUCAGCUAUACCAUACUGAUGCAAAAGAAUCUGAUCUGUCUAGCAGUAGUGGAUCACAUUCUAACCGCCUUCGAAGAAUUAUAUCGUUAUUGGAUGAGAAGAAAGAACCUUCUAAAAAGGGAAGCAAACGAAGGAAAGUUGAGAAAUCAUCUGAAAAUGAUAAGGACGAUGACCAUUUGGAUGCUGAUCCUUGAGAAGUUGGCAAACAGAAAUUGAAGCAGCCAACCAAGCUCAUUAUCUGGUCUUCUCAUCAAUAAUUUUAAGGCUUUCCAGACAUAAAUUGCAUUCGAAAUCCAGUUUGAGAGCUGUAACUGUAUAAUUGAGUUAUCUGUUUCUAUAGGUUUAGAAAAAUAUAUGUGCACUUUUGCGAAGUCCUUCCCUUCUGCUAAAGCAUAUUGGAGGAAAUGAUCAUGUACAGCUUGUUUAAAUGCACAUCAUCUUUCAUUAUUAUUAUUAUUAUUAUUAUUAUUACUAUUA